AUACCCAUAAUGCAACGCGGGUUGCUAACAUGGCGGCUCACUGAUGAGUAAAAGCGAGAGAUUGAUAAAAGACGCAGAAACCAUCAACACUUGACGAGAAACUAUGAGCACUCAGUACAGCAUACUGUUCAAGCAGGAGCAUGCCCAUGACGAUGCCAUAUGGACGGCAGCAUGGGGGAAAAGUGCGAAGGAUGGAUCAGAGACAAUCGUCACUGGUUCUCUGGAUGACAUGUUGAAAGUGUGGAAAUGGUCAGAUGAGAAGCUGGAGCUUCAGUGGACACUAGAAGGCCACCAGCUGGGUGUGGUGUCUGUGGACAUCAGUCACAAUGGCGCCAUCGCCGCCUCCAGUUCUCUGGAUGCCCACAUCCGCCUCUGGGACCUGGAUUCUGGCAAACAGAUUAAAUCCAUGGACGCAGGACCAGUCGACGCCUGGACUGUAGCGUUCUCCCCCGACUCAAAAUACAUAGCCACAGGCAGCCAUCUUGGCAAGGUGAACAUCUUUGGUGUGGAGAGCGGGAAGAAGGAAUACUCGCUGGACACCAGAGGGAAAUUCAUUCUCAGCAUCGCAUAUAGCCCAGAUGGAAAGUACUUAGCCAGCGGAGCCAUUGAUGGAAUCAUUAAUAUCUUCGACAUUGCAACUGGGAAACUCCUCCACACGCUGGAAGGCCACGCCAUGCCCAUCCGCUCUCUCACGUUCUCUCCCGACUCUCAGCUUUUAGUCACUGCCUCAGAUGACGGCUACAUCAAGAUUUAUGACGUGCAGCAUGCUAACCUUGCAGGCACUCUGAGUGGCCACGCAUCUUGGGUGCUCAAUGUGGCCUUUUCACCUGACAACACACACUUUGUCUCCAGCUCAUCAGAUAAGAGUGUGAAGGUGUGGGAGGCGAGCAGCAGGGCGUGUGUCAACACUUUCUUUGACCAUCAGGACCAGGUAUGGAGCGUGAAGUACAACAGCACCGGCUCAAAGAUCAUUUCAGCUGGAGAUGACAGAGCCAUCCACAUAUACGACUGUCCCAUGUAAAACAUGCCCCUACAUUCCUCCACUCGGACUGUUUUUGUCCAAAGAGCUUCACAUAGUCUCUGCUGUCACAAGCUUUCUAACAGACUUAAAUGGUUCAAUAUUAAAUAAAGCCUUUAACCUGCUUCUGUAAUCUCACACACACACACACACGCAGGUAAUGACGUGACCAUGCGCUUUUUUACAUCAUUGUCUCCCGUCCCAUUCUCCAGUUAAUAAAAGAAUUUUUUUUUUAUAAAUGCUUCAACUAUAAAUACUUUAACGUUGUGUCUUUCACACCCUCUGCUGAGCUUCCACACAACUGAAACCUGUGAGACUUAUUCAGGGUUCUAAAUGUCCUGUUUUCUGUAAUCUCUAGCUGUGUAUUUUCUGUGUCUUCCACAUCAGGGUCUGUUCGGCUCAUGUACAAGAAGAUUCAUAUGGUUCAUAUGCUGCAAUGGUUCAUACUCUUAAACUGACACUUUGUUUGAAGCACCUUUUUAAUCUUAUUAAAUUCACUCAGACUUUCUGGGGAA